AUGAACGCAGUGGAUGCUGAGUACAUAGCGCAUCAUGGGGUGGAUAACCUUAUUAUUCCCAUUUCGGUGAGCGAGCCAAAGAAGACGAAACGUGAGGAUUAUGCAUAUUGUGUGGACGUUGUUGUACACACGCUUUUGAUUAAGAUGUGUACACCUCAGCAUCACCUUUUUCAACACCUGACGGAGAAGCUAGUGAGGCUUGCGAUUGAGUGGAUUCGAAAUGAAUGUGGCGUGCAACUACUACCGAGGACUUGUCGAAUCGCUGGAAAUCCUCUUUACUUUUCGGAUACCGUCGGGAUACCAGUGGAUGAAAUCACCAAGGAGGCUAUUAAUUUGUUUCAGAGGAAGUCGAGUAGUUCAGAGUCUCACAAGGAAGAGCAGAACACAAUUCCGGACGUACUUAAUUUAAUGAAGUCACAUGUACCAGAGCCCAAGCAACCACUGGUGUGUGAAGUGAUAUCAACUCCUGGGAUCAAAAAAGGGUUUUUAGUGAACGGAAGUGCACGACUCUACGGCCCUGAUGGGAGUGGUGAAGGUUCUGGAAAUGCCCCAGAUCCUUUGGGACACAUUCCGCAGUCACUGCGAGAUAAGUGUCAAAUUAUUGACACGCGAAGCAUGGAACAGCUCCCAUGUCUACCUGUGCAAACACUGAAGCCUGACGAUAAGACGCCAAAGCUGCACCCUUCCAGCAUGCUCGUUGCAUCUACUACUAAGCCUAAAGGAAAAGAUGAGGGUAACUGGAGCCGCUUUUCCAUAGAGCAUAUCGAAGAAAAAGUAGUCAUUCGAUUUUUAGUGCCUGACACUGUGGCCUCACUUCGUGACAUAGAUCUUUCUGCAACAACAGACACCCUGGAGAUCAAUGGAAAUGUGAUUCAGCUGCCAGUAUCUAUUGUGACUGAUGAUGUGCGGGCCAAGUUUGUUAAAGCCACGCGGAUGUUGAUUGUAACAUGUCUGAUCGAUGUAUCAUGA